CCGUCUGCACCUCAGGCCUUCCACUGAGUCCACAUCGUUUAGACGGGCCUCGGCCAGCUCCCGACAAGCCAGCCAUGGCCAGAAACUCCUUUCGAGGCACCAAAUUUGUACGCCGUACUGAGGCCAAUCAUGAGGUGGAGUUCAGCGUCUCCCUGCAGGAUCUUGGCUCGCUCAUGGAGCUGAGAGGAGAGGAGGCCAUCGCCAGGAUCCAGGACUCUUAUGGAGGCGUUAACGGACUGUGUCUCAGACUCAGGACGUCACCUGUAGAAGGUCUAGAUGGAAGACUGGAGGACAUUACCAGAAGAAGACAAGAGUUUGGACAGAACGUCAUCCCUCCUAAGAAGCCAAAGACCUUUUUGCAGUUAGUGUGGGAGGCCUUGCAGGACGUCACACUCAUCAUCCUCGAGGUUGCCGCCAUUAUUUCACUUGGCCUUUCAUUUUACAACCCGCCAGUUGCCGACAGACAGAGUUGUGGCAGCGCGGCGGGGGGUGUGGAGGAUGAGGGUGAGGCGGAGGCCGGCUGGAUCGAGGGCGCGGCCAUCCUCCUGUCGGUGGUGUGCGUGGUGCUGGUGACGGCGUUUAACGACUGGAGCAAAGAGAAGCAGUUCAGAGGUCUGCAGAGCCGCAUCGAGCAGGAGCAGAAGUUCUCCGUGAUCCGAGGGGGGCAGCUCGUCCACAUCAAGAUCUCUGACAUCGUUGUCGGAGACAUCGCUCAGGUGAAAUAUGGUGAUCUCCUCCCGGCUGAUGGAGUUUUAAUUCAGGGCAACGAUCUGAAAAUCGAUGAGAGCUCCCUGACCGGGGAGUCGGAUCACGUCAAGAAGAGUCUGGACAAAGACCCCAUGCUGCUGUCAGGCACGCACGUGAUGGAGGGCUCUGGCAAGAUGGUGGUCACGGCUGUGGGCGUGAGCUCACAAACUGGAAUCAUCUUCACGCUGCUCGGUGCCAGUGAGGACGGUGACGGAGACGGCGAGGACAAAAAGAAGGAAGACAGGAAAAAGAAGAAGGACAAGAAGAGUAAACAAGAAGAGAAGAAUAAGAAAGGUAGCAGCCCGUCACGUGAGGCGCAACUCCUCAACGAGGACGGAGAACACAAGAAGAAGAAAAACCUGCCGAAGAAGGAGAAGUCCGUCCUGCAGGGGAAGCUGACCAAACUGGCUGUGCAAAUUGGCAAAGCAGGCCUGUUCAUGUCGACGUUCACUGUGAUCAUCCUCAUCACUCGCUUCCUGAUCGACACCUUCUCCAUUCAGGGGCUGCCGUGGACUGCUGAGUGUGCGUCCAUCUACGUGCAGUUCCUGGUCAAGUUCUUCAUCAUCGGUGUGACGGUGCUGGUGGUGGCCGUGCCUGAAGGCCUCCCUCUGGCCGUCACCAUCUCUCUUGCAUAUUCAGUCAAGAAAAUGAUGAAGGACAACAACCUGGUUCGUCACCUGGAUGCAUGUGAAACGAUGGGCAAUGCCACAGCCAUUUGCUCAGACAAGACCGGCACACUGACGAUGAAUCGGAUGACGGUGGUGCAGGUCUACAUCUCUGGACGGCACUACAACAAGGUGCCGGAGCCGGACCUCAUCACCCCCAAGGUUCUGGACCUCCUCAUCCUUGGCAUCGGGGUCAACUGUGCCUACACCACCAAGAUCAUGCCACCAGACAAGGAAGGGGGUCUGCCUCGUCAGGUGGGAAACAAGACAGAAUGUGCCUUACUGGGACUCAGCCUGGACCUGCGUCGAGACUACCAGACCAUCCGAAACCAAAUCCCAGAGGAGAAACUUUUUAAAGUUUAUACCUUUAACUCUGCGAGGAAGUCCAUGAGCACCGUGCUGAAGAACAACGAUGGAAGCUACCGAAUGUUCAGCAAAGGGGCCUCUGAGAUCCUGCUUAAAAAGUGCUGCAAGAUCUUGACCACAAGCGGUGAGGGCAAGGUCUUCAAAUCUAAAGAUCGAGAUGAAAUGGUGAAGAAAGUGAUUGAACCAAUGGCAUCAGAGGGGUUGAGGACCAUCUGCCUUGCCUACAGAGAUUUUCCAACCACUGAGGGAGAACCCAACUGGGACAACGAAGCAGAGAUCCUCACUGGACUUACAUGCAUUGCUGUUGUUGGUAUUGAGGACCCUGUAAGACCUGAGGUACCAGAGGCCAUCAGAAAGUGCCAGAGGGCUGGGAUCACUGUCCGCAUGGUCACAGGAGACAACAUCAACACUGCCAGAGCCAUCGCCACCAAAUGCGGCAUUUUGCAACCCGGAGAAGACUUCUUGUGUUUGGAGGGGAAAGAGUUCAACCGACGGAUCCGUAACGAGCUGGGCGAGAUUGAACAGGAACGCAUCGAUCAGAUUUGGCCUAAACUCAGAGUUCUUGCUCGAUCAUCUCCAACGGACAAACACACCCUGGUCAAAGGGAUCAUCGACAGCACCGUCCUGGAGCAGAGGCAGGUUGUUGCAGUAACUGGAGAUGGAACAAAUGAUGGUCCUGCCCUGAAGAAAGCAGACGUUGGCUUUGCUAUGGGAAUCGCAGGGACGGAUGUAGCGAAGGAGGCCUCCGACAUCAUCCUGACAGACGAUAAUUUCACCAGCAUCGUCAAGGCUGUGAUGUGGGGCAGAAAUGUCUAUGACAGCAUUUCCAAGUUCCUGCAGUUCCAACUCACAGUUAACGUGGUGGCUGUCACCGUGGCUUUCACCGGAGCCUGCAUUACCCAGGAUUCUCCACUGAAAGCUGUGCAAAUGUUAUGGGUCAACCUAAUCAUGGACACUUUUGCCUCUCUGGCCUUGGCUACCGAGCCGCCGACUGAAGCCCUGCUGCUCAGAGACCCAUACGGCCGCAAAAAGCCACUCAUUUCACGGACCAUGAUGAAGAACAUUCUGGGACACGCCGUCUACCAGCUGACAAUUGUCUUCUCUCUCCUUUUUGCUGGUGAGGAGAUGUUCGACAUCGACAACGGCAGAAACGCCCCCCUCUACGCCCCGCCCUCUGAGCAUUACACCAUCGUCUUCAACACGUUUGUCCUCAUGCAGAUCUUCAACGAGUUCAAUGCACGCAAGAUUCACGGAGAGAGGAACGUCUUUGAUGGGGUUUUCAGGAAUCCCAUCUUCUGCUCCAUCCUCCUGGGAACCUUUGUUGUUCAGAUAAUAAUAGUGCAGCUUGGUGGGAAGCCGUUCAGCUGUGCGCCCCUGACCAUUGAACAGUGGUUGUGGUGUGUCUUCCUGGGCUUUGGCAGUCUCCUGUGGGGACAGUUUGUGUCCAGCGUCCCUACCAGCUGGCUAAAGUUCCUGAAAACUGCAGGUCACGGCACGCAGCAGGAGGAGAUCCCUGAGGAGGAGCUGGAGGAGCUGGAGGACAAAGAUGAGAUUGAUCACGCUGAGAUGGAGCUCAAGAGAAGUCAGGUGCUCUGGUGCCGCGGCCUCAACCGCAUCCAGACUCAGAUCCGUGUGGUGAACGCCUUCAGGGACAGCGUGUCUCCCUACAAAGGUCUGGAGACACCCGAGUCUCGCAGCUCCAUUCACAACUUCAUGAACCACCCGGAGUUUCACAUCGAGGACUUUGACACUCAGAUCCCCCUGAUCGAUGAAAACGAGGACGAGGACGACCCCCCCACCAAACGAAACUCCAUCGUUCCCCCACCCCUGACCGGACUGUCCAACCCACCAUCUCUCCCGUCCUCGCCCAACCAGAACAACAACGCCAUGGACCACAUCGCCCCGCUGCUUAAAGACAGUUCCAGGCCCGGUCUGAUCUUGCAGAACUCUGCGGGGCUGCCCCCCUGUCCAGGAAGCCCCCUGCACAGUUUGGAGACCUCGCUGUAAAGCCCCGCCCCACUCAGCACCACUUCCUGU